AUGAGCUGGUACAGUGCCCGAGACUAUUGCCGGAAAACUUACACAGACAUGGUGGUCAUCCAAAACCAGGAAGAGAAUGACUAUUUGGUGUCCAUGCUGCCAAACAGAAAUAAGGGUCCAUACUAUUGGAUUGGAAUCACUAAAAAACACUUGAAUGAAACUUGGGCCUGGAUUGGGAAUAACAGCACGUGGAUUGGUGAACACUCGUGGGCAGCAAACGAGCCCAACAACAACCACAGCACAGAGUUUUGUGUCGAGAUCUACGUGAACAAUGGACCGAACCGAGGGAAGUGGAAUGAUGAGAAAUGCGGCAAUAGGAAAUUUGCCGUUUGUUAUAAAGCCCAAUGUAAUGCAACAAUAUGUGGCAGAGGACGAUGCCAGGAGACCAUAAAAAACAUAACCUGCCUCUGUGACCCUGGCUAUAAGGGAGACAUGUGCCAAACAGAAGAGGAGUCAGCAAACGGGGACGAAGUCACCAAUUAUCACACUACGAGUCAGGCAUCAAGCAGCAGCACGGCUGGAUUCAGCACACCACCUCACUACCUCACGACUUCCAGUGAGACACAGCCUGAAUCAGCCGUGGAGUGCCCCCCUCUGCCUCAGCCCGAUAACGGAUACCAUAUUUAA